GAAAUAUUUAACGUUGGAUAGGUCUAAAUAAUGGGGUCAUUGACACAAUAUACUAUUCUUGAAUCACUAUAUAAGAUAAUGCACGAAUAUGUGAAUUAUUAUAAUUGAAAUUGAAUAUCUUACAUUAAAAUGAAAGUGACGCCAAUUAUCUUCACUGUAUUUUGUAUUGUAGGUGCUACGACAUUGAUCAAAGCUACAACGUUAGAGCAUGUACCUCACCCGAGUGAAAAAGACAUGGAAUUAGUGUAUAUUGAUGAAGAAUAUCAAAAAGAAGGUGGACUGAGAUCAAUAUGCAACGAACUAAAAAAAUCCUUCCAAAAAGGGCGACACCACAUAUAUAAAGUUAUUGAUAAAUAUAUAAGGAAGGAUGAUUUAGGCUUAAAAAUGUUAGAAGUUGCCAAAAUCCUUGGAAAACGCAUUGAAAAACGUAUGAAAUACAUAUCGAUGAAACUGGAUGAGAUGAUGGCCUAUGAAUCAUCUUAGGCAUAUUUCAUAACACGAUGGUUAGUAAUGUUGUGGAUUUCAGACAUUGUUUUUCUCUGCUUUUUGUUUACCACUUUCUUAACGAAUUUGAGCAAAUAAUAAAGAUUAAUGAAAACGCUUU